AUUUUAAGAAAAUGAGAUUGUUUGAUGUUUGGAUACCCUUUUACAUUAUUUAAGGACGACCCCAAAAGAAGAAGAAAGGAGAGACCUUUAAUUAUGUAAGAGAGGAAGGAUUAGACACCGAGUAUAAUAAUACGAAGAUUUUGAAGGAUAGAAGCGAGGGAUCGGAGUAAUAGUUGCACUGUUUAGGAAAUAGAAAAUGAAGAUUGCCAUGAGGGUGGUAAUGAAGCUGGCCACGGUAGCUGCGUUGCUGUUGAUUGGAUUUGGCACGGCGGCGAGCGGGGCGGAGACAAAAUCUCGAGUAGCUCUUCGCGGAUGCCGGGAAAAGUGUGGGAAUGUGACGGUACCGUACCCAUUCGGCAUCGGGCCGGGCAAGUGUUCCUUGGAAGGUUUUGAACUCACCUGCGACAAAAACUCAAGGUUAUGGUAUUUCGACACCGAAUUCACAGCCAUUAACCUUCUCAAAGGGACGCUGGAAGCCCAGCUGAUCUUAAGCAGCCUCUGUUACAACGAAUCCGGGAAGAAGGGGAAGAAUAAUACUAAAAGUACUAUACAUUUCAAGGUGGAGAGUCCGUUCAGCAUUUCCCGUGAAGAAAACAAGUUAUUCACUGUCGGCUGCAACGCGUACGGAUCUUUCAGUUUCAGAAGCAGCACCAGCGCCGGUGAAAUCUCAACUGGGUGCGGAGUGACGUGUGACGGACCCCCGGAGAAGAAGGACGCCUGGAACUGCACUGGGGUGGGGUGUUGCCAGGAGGAUAUUCCGGUGCUUGCCGAUUUAAUGAAGUUCUCUUUUGGUGUCAGUGAUUUUGGGUUCAGAAAAGAUGUGUGGAAAUUCAACAACUGCAGCCAUUCUUUUGUGGCCAAAAAAGGAUGGUAUCAUUUCAAACCGGAUCAUCUUACAUAUCUGGGCGUUCAGUCGGUACCUUUGGUCGUGAACUGGGGUGUCGGUGAAGAGAAUGAGACUUGUAAAACUGCUGCAAAAGAGCGUGGAUAUGCAUGCCGCGGCUUAAACACAGACUGUGAAGACGCGACGUACCGUAGAGGGUACCGAUGCAAAUGCAAACCCGGUUAUGACGGGAAUCCGUACCUGCGUAGUGGUUGCCAAAAUGUAAAUGAAUGCAACGAUAAGACGGCACAUGAUUACCGUUGCGAUAAAAAUGCUAUUUGCGAGGACAAUCCUGGUAACUACACUUGUUUGUGUAAAAAAGGAUAUGAAGGAGAUGGCUACAAAGGUGAAUGUACCCCCAAACGAAGUGCCAAUAAUGCCUUGUGGAUAAUUUGUUCGAGUGUGAGUGUUGGUGUCGCAUCAUUGCUCAUUGUAAGCUUCUUCGUAUAUUGGGGAUUGAGGAAGAGGAGACUUAGCAAACUUAGAGAGCACUAUUUUCAUCAAAACGGUGGCAUUUUGUUACAGCAACAAAUAGCUGGAAAUGGAGGACCAAAUGAUGCAAGAAUGAAAAUCUUCACACUAGAAGAUCUUGAAAAAGCGACCGAUAAUUUUGAUGAAAAAACUAUCUUAGGUCAAGGAGGAUACGGAACAGUUUACAAAGGUGUACUUACUGAUACAAGUGUGGUUGCGAUAAAAAAGUCUAAAAUUUGUGAGCAAAGUCAAGUUGAACAGUUCAUCAAUGAGGUCGUCGUUCUCUCGCAAAUCAAUCAUAGAAAUAUUGUCAAGCUCUUUGGGUGCUGCUUAGAGACGGAAGUUCCAUUACUAGUGUAUGAGUUUAUAACUAAUGGCACUCUAUAUGAACAUCUCCAUACCCAAGCGCGAUCGUCUAAUCUUUCAUGGGCAACCCGUUUAAGAGUGGCAUCAGAAUCUGCAGGAGCGCUUUCGUAUUUACAUUCUGCUGCAUCUCCCCCAAUCAUUCACAGAGAUGUAAAGACAGCAAACAUAUUACUAGAUGACAGGCUUACAGCAAAAGUUGGCGACUUUGGAGCUUCAAGGCUUUUUCCUUUGGACCGAACUCAAGUCACAACUUUAGUGCAAGGAACGUUUGGAUAUCUUGACCCCGAGUACUUUCACACUGGCCAAUUGACAGAUAAAAGCGACGUUUAUAGUUUCGGGGUUGUUCUCGCAGAGCUAUUAACGGGAGAGAAAGCAAUUUCACCUACUAGGGCAGAGGAUGAUAGGAAUCUAGCGGCUUAUUUUGUUUCUUCUUUGAACAAUGGCAACCUGUCCCAAAUUGUGGAUAGCCGUAUAGUUAAUGAUGUAAACUUUGAGCAAUAUACGGAAGUUGCGAAGAUUGCGAGCCGGUGUUUGAAAGUGAGGAGAGAUGACAGGCCUACUAUGAGAGAAGUGGCAAUGGAGAUUGAUGGAUUGCGAGUUCUAGAGAGGCAUCGUGCGGAAGGAUCAGGGGAAAAUGAAAUGUCUUCAAAAGUGACCGAGUAUCUUUCAGCGUCUGCAUCUUCUCACGCAAUUCAUAAUGUCGGAGAUUCGUUCACCAGUGGUGGUAAAACGAGUGAUGGAGAAAGCAUGGACCUAUUUUCUAGGUCAUUGAGUGGUGGCAGAUAACGGUAAUUUAUUCUUGAUUUUCCCAAAUGAUGAAUUCUUGGUCCAAAAGGUGGAAUCUCCCACCCCAGGAAUCUCUCAAGUGAAUUCUUGAUUUUCCCAAAUGCUGAAUUCUUUUUCUAUUUUCAAGCUACAUUUUAACCUUUGCCUUCUGCAUGUCCUCUUUUUUCUACCAAAAUGUUUGACAUUCGGUAAUU